UUGAGCAUGCGUUCAGCAUUCAGUAACAAGUUUCCAUAGCAUUCUGUGCUCUGUGCCUUGCACACCUGCUACUUCCCUACUCCUUUCCACUACGCUACGCUUGAUGUCCCGGAGGAACUAACCAUCCAACAAUCUAUUUGGAUCUGACCAUCUCUAACCAGGAGAGGACAACUGUAAUCAUGGUGAACUACAGGUUUCUGUCCAGCAACACUGUAAAACUAGUAGGUCUUUUGUGUGCUUCCGUGUGUGCCUGGUAUUUGGGAUAUCUGUUUGCAGAGAUAUUGCCAGAGGACUCUAUUCAGACUGCUAUUGGAAGUAUGCAGCAAGUAGGAAUGCGGCCAGUAAUAAAAGCUCCAGCCCCUAAGAAACAGAAGUGUGGAGUAUGGACUCCUUGUCCGAACGAUGAGCUGCCCUAUCUUAUGCGAAGCGGAGGUGGAAAAGAUGUGAGACCCAUAAUCUGCCUGGACGAUGAAUACUACCUAGGUGGAUCAAAACAAAACGGUGACCGAGGAAUAAACAUUGUUGUCAUUAACCAUGAUACUUGGAAAGCUACAGAUACAAAAACGUUCGAUAUGUAUGAGGGAGAGUUCUCAGGACCAAUGGUUGAAUUUAUUAAGAACAUUCCUGAGAAAUCUCUUAUCAUGAUUUCCAGCCAUGACGAUGCCUUUACAAAGUUAUCUGAUGAUGCAAAGAAAGCAUUUGAAGCUCUUGGGAGUAAAGAAGUACGGAAUAUUAGGUUCAGGUCAGCCUGGGUAUUUCUCGCAGUUAAAGGUGCAAAGUUACCGGAGUAUUUGGAAAAAGAAAAGAUCAACCAUUCUGAGAACAACAAGAAUCGGUACGGCGGCUGGCCAUCAGAAAUACAGAUUGAUGGCUGUAUCCCCAAAAACUAAACACCCCAGUUCUGCUCGGGUCCUCGAUUUUAUACCUACUUCAAUUACAUGAAGAGAGGGAAAUCAAUGGAAUAAAACUAGACUGACAUCAUGAAUGAAAAUCUUCUGAUUUCAAAGGCUUUAACACUACAAGAACAUAUUGCUCUUCGGCAAAAUAUUUACAAAAACUCAUUUUCCAUUGAACAUGGUUAAGGAGAAAAACUAUUUUUAUUCUGUUGUCGGAGGAGCAUUACCUGAGUUUUGGUUGUAUAGCAUGCUGUAUACUGCAGGAGGUGUGAGGGUGAUAUUUUAUUCACUAUUGCCCAUUCCACG